AUGGCCACCAAGAAACCCAACAUUCUCUACAUCAUGGCCGACCAGAUGGCCGCGCCCCUUCUGGCCUUCCAUGACAAAACCUCCAAAAUCAAGACCCCCAACCUGGACCGCCUGGCUGAGGAGGGUGUCGUCUUUGACUCAGCUUACUGCAACUCGCCCCUAUGUGCUCCCUCGCGCUUUGUGAUGGUGACGGGUCAAUUGCCCUCUAAGAUCGGUGCCUAUGAUAACGCCUCCGACCUGCCGGGCGACACUCCCACCUACGCGCACUACCUGCGUCGCGAGGGCUACCACACGGCGCUGGCAGGGAAGAUGCACUUCUGCGGCCCUGACCAGCUGCACGGUUAUGAACAGCGCCUGACGAGCGACAUCUACCCUAGUGAUUACGGAUGGUCAGUGAACUGGGAUGAGCCGGAAAUUCGCCCUGACUAUUAUCAUAACAUGUCCUCCGUCAUGGAGGCGGGACCUGUUGUGCGCACCAACCAGCUGGAUUUUGACGAGGAGGUGAUUUACAAGUCAACCCAGUAUCUGUAUGAUCAUGUGCGUCAGCGCAACGAUCAGCCUUUCUGUUUGACCGUGUCUAUGACUCACCCCCACGAUCCGUAUGCCAUGACUAAGGAGUUCUGGGAUCUGUACGAGGACGUCGAUAUCCCACUGCCCAAGAACCCCGCCAUUCCCCACGACCAGCAGGAUCCGCACUCGCAGCGCGUCUUGAAAUGUAUCGACCUGCUGGGCAAGGAGAUGCCAGAUGAGCGUAUCAAGGCUGCACGACGGGCGUACUAUGCCGCUUGCACCUACGUCGAUACCAAUGUCGGCAAGCUGUUGAAGGUCUUGGAAAAUACCGGCCUGCGUGAUGAUACUAUCGUGGUUUUCACAGGUGAUCACGGCGACAUGCUGGGUGAGCGCGGACUGUGGUAUAAGAUGGUCUGGUAUGAGAACUCGUCACGAGUGCCGAUGAUCAUGCAUGCGCCCAAGCGGUUUGCUCCAAGGCGCAUCCCCCAGAACGUAUCGACCAUGGAUCUCCUGCCCACCUUCGUCGACAUGGUCGGUACACAACUGGUCUCGGAACUGCCGCUGGACGGCGUCUCCCUGUACCCGUACCUGACCGGCCAGGACGGCCUCAAGACCGACACGGUGCUGGGCGAAUACAUGGCUGAGGGCACUCAAUCGCCCGUGGUGAUGAUCCGUCGGGGCCGAUGGAAGUUCGUCUACUCGCUGAUCGACCCACCGAUGCUCUUCGAUCUGGAGGCCGACCCCGAGGAGAAAGUCAACCUGGCCGCCGGUGUCGUAGCGGAACGCUCGUCGCGCCUUCCCGCCGCCCCCCUGAUCAAAUCCGCGUCAGCACCGCCGCAGCCGCAGCCAGCCGCUCUGCCUACACCUUCCGACACACCGCGCGCAUCGCCGCGAGUGCAGCCGACCUCGUACCCCUUCCCCAGUCCUCCGCGCACCCCCAGCCCCGGCAAGAGCGUGGCGUUGCCCGCGACCACCGACCCCGCGAAAAUCCUGGCAUACUUUGUGGACGAAGCGCAGGGCCGCUGGGAUAUGGAACGCAUCCGCGACGACGUGCUCCGGUCGCAGCGUCGGCGACGUCUGGUGUACUCGGCGCUGAUCCGGGGCAACCCUGCGAUCUGGGACUACGAGCCGCGAGUGGAUCCCAGCGCGCAAUACGUGAGGAACCAGGGCAAGGGGGCCUUGGACGAUGUGGAGUUGUUCUCGCGUUGGCCUCGCGUGCUGCAGCAAGCGGCGACGGCGGCGGGGGCUCCCGUUUAG